UGUGCUUCACUCUUCACGCGUCACCGUGUCCUCUGCCGGUGCAGGUCAACGUGAUUGUUUCGGAAGAGCAUGUGUUAGAUAGUUGCGGAUUUUUUUCUUCUUAAAUGUUUCUCAGUUAUUAUUUGUUAUAAUUUCCGUGUGUUAUUCUCACCACGCUGCUGUAAUGGCUGUUUACGGAAGGACGGCGCUUGUCUCUGCGCUCGUGCGUCACUUCAGUGGAAGUCGCUCCUCAUGCGUUAGGUUGAAGUUCCUCGAGACAAACCAAAGCAUGCGAGUUGUUUCUAAUGUAAAAUACGGACUGGGGAGAGAAAGUUAUGUCUUCCCGGUGAAUCCCGUGAAAGCUCCAUUCAGCUGGGCCACACAACGCAGAUCUCUCUCAUCAGAAGCACCGUACAAAGAAGACGAUUAUCCCCCUCUUCCAGAGUACUCUCUUUCUCCAGAGAAGGAACAGAAGGAAGUGUUCAUCGUCCGGGUUAAAGGUCUGCCGUGGUCGUGUAGUGCUGAGGACCUGCUGAAAUUCUUCUCAGAAUGUCGCAUUCACAAAGGAGUGAACGGAAUCCAUCUUAUGUAUCACAAAAACGGAAAGCCCACAGGACAAGCCUUCAUCGAGCUGGAGCAUGAGGAGGAUGUCAGCAAAGCCUUGGAGAUGCACAGGCAGUAUCUUGGGCCCCGUUAUGUAGAAGUGUAUGAAGUGACCAAUCAAGAUGCGGAGUCCAUACUGAAGGGCACGGAUGAGAUCCAAGAUGGAGUGGUUCGCAUCCGAGGUCUGCCCUUUACCUGCACGGAUAAGGAUAUUAUCCAGUUUUUUUCAGGACUGAGCAUCGUGAAGGAUGGGGUCACGCUGGUCAUGGACCGCUGGGGUCGAAGUUCAGGUGACGCGUUUGUGCAGUUUGAUACGCAGGAGAUGGCUAAUGAAGCACUGAAGAGAGACCGAGAGGUUAUUGGAAACAGGUACAUCGAGGUGUAUCCGAGCAAGAAGAGCGAGAUUCAGAUGCAGUACGGCAGGACGAAAGGAGGAGACGCUCCAGCCAACACAGUCCGCACACAAAAGAUCAGCAAUGUCUCUCUUCCCACACAUUAUAUACACAUGAGGGGUCUACCAUAUCAAGCCACGGCUGGAGACGUGAUAAACUUUUUUCACCCUAUCAGGGUGGCAAAGGUUCUGAUCGAGUACGGGCCCGACGGGAGACCUAGCGGCGAGGCAGCCGCUCACUUCACAACGGGACAGGAUGCGAUGGAAGCAAUGACCAAAGACAGACAGUACAUACAGGACAGAUAUAUUGAGUUGUACCUAAAUUCCUCAUAAAAGGACUGAAAAGGUGAUCUGUACAAAGCAUUUUGGCAAUAUUUAUUUGAAAUAAAUAUGGAAAAAAACUGUAAUUAAACCUGCCCAGUUGUGGAGUACAUUGUGUUGUGUGUUUUUCCUUUCAUAGAAGUACUUAUUCAGAAUGACGA